ACUUCUGUCCUCGUCUGAGGCGCUCAUUCCUCGCUGGGAGUCGCUGAGGCCGCUGCUGUUGCUGUGGCCGCCGCCUAGUGUUUUCGCGCUCCUCCCUUUCCUCCUCCUCUUUCUCCUCCUUCUCUGAGUCCCAGUCAGGCCGACCUUCUCUGCUCUGGGGAAGAAAACUAAGACUUAACUUGCUACCUUUUCUGGAGUCACAUGGUGACUCUGCAACUUGAUGGACGACGACAACCCUUUUCAGCCAAAAACUAAUUCAAAAAUGGCAGAACUCUUUAUGGAAUGUGAAGAAGAAGAGCUAGAACCAUGGCAGAAGAAAGUGGAAGAAAUUCAAGAUGAAGAUGAUGAUGAGCUGAUCUUUGUUGGAGAGAUAUCAAGAUCAAAACCAGCCAUUUCAAAUAUUUUGAACAGAGGUAACUCCAGCUCAUCUUCAAAGGGAGUAAAGAAUGAGACACUCAAUCAAGGUGUUACUGAUGCAUUCAAGCCUACAAGUCAACACUACAAAGACCCAACCUCAAAUCCAGUGUCUGCCUCGCCUAGAUUUCGUCCUGAAUCUAAAUCUUCACAGACAUCUGUUAUUCGGACAGCGUCUAAACCUGAUUUUACAAAGAAUUCAUCACAAGUUGAAUCGGAUGAUUCUCCAGAUUUACUGUUUGACUUGACCCAGGAUACAAUACCACUAUCUCAAGAGGGAUCAACAAUUUAUAUAGAAGCUUUGGAUGAAACUCUGCCUAUAUUAAAACGUCCUUCUACUGCUAAAGUAAACAGUGUUAAUCCAAAAAAGCGCAAGACCAGUGAAGGUAUUCCUGAAAAAAAUCCUUGCACUUCAUUGUCUUUAGCGAACUCUCCUUCAGUGACACCCUCCCACGUUAUGAUAUCAAAAGGUACAAAUACCUCAUCAACUCACCAUAAAACUGGAACACCGUUUCUAAGAUCUUGUCCGAAGUGCAAUGUUCAGUUCAAUCUUUUGGAUCCUUUGAAAUAUCACAUGAAGCGUUGUUGUCCAGACAUGGUAAAUAAAUUUUUGGAAAUGGUUAAAGUAGAACUUUCAAGUACUGAAAAUAAAAAUAAGACUGGUGCAGAGAAAGGAAAAUUGAUCAUGUUAGUUAGUGACUUUUACUACGGAAGACAUGAAGGAGCUGUUGACGAUGAACAGAAGACUUACACAACCUUUAAAUGCUUCAGUUGCUUGAAAGUUCUUAAAAAUAAUAUUAGGUUUAUGAACCACAUGAAACACCAUUUGGAACUUGAGAAGCAGAACAGUGAGAGCUGGGAAAGCCACACCACAUGUCAGCACUGCUACCGUCAGUAUCCCACACCAUUCCAGCUGCAGUGUCACAUUGAGAGUACGCACACCCCCCAUGAGUUUUCUACUAUUUGUAAAAUCUGUGAAUUAUCAUUUGAAACAGAACAUACUCUUUUACAACAUAUGAAGGACACUCAUAAACCCGGUGAAAUGCCAUAUAUUUGCCAGGUUUGCCAAUUCAGGUCAUCAACAUUUGCUGAUGUAGAAAAUCAUUUUAGAGCAUCCCAUGAAAACACUAAAAACUUGCUAUGUCCGUUUUGCCUCAAGGUUAGCAGAAUGGCAACCCCCUACAUGAAUCAUUACAUGAAGCAUCAGAAAAAAGGAGUUCAUCGUUGUACAAAAUGCAGACUACAAUUUUUGACCUGCAAGGAGAAAAUGGAUCACAAGACCCAGCAUCGGACAUUUAUAAAGCCUAAAGAGCUUGAAGGAUUGCCUCCUGGUACAAAAGUUACUAUUCGAGCUUCAAUUGGACCUCUUCAUUCAAGACCAUCGACUACAUCUUCCAGUAGUACUCCAAGCACUUCUUCUCUUCAGGUCUCACCUCCAAAGUCGAAAAGUACAACUGCUAAGAAUCCCACAAAAUCUAAUGCAAGUAAAUCUAAGACAAGUAAGCCUCAUGCAACUGCAUCCACUGCAAGUAAACCUAUUGUACGUAAGCAGCGCAGACGUACAUCUAAACGCAAAGCAAAAACCACUUACAAGCAAAAGAAACAGCGCAACAGAAAGAAUAAAAUCAGCAUAGCUUUGAAGAACUUAAGGUGUCGUCGGGGAGUUCACAAGUGCAUUGAGUGUCACUCCAAAAUAAAAGAUUUCGCAAGCCACUUUUCAAUAUAUAUUCACUGUAAUGUUUGCAAAUACAACACUAACUGUAACAAAGCCUUUAUAAAUCAUAUGGUGAGCUCUCAUAGCAACCAUCCAAGUAAACGGUUUUAUAUUUUUAAGAAGCAUUCUGGAACUCUCAGGGGCAUUACUCUGGUGUGCCUUAAAUGUGAUUUCCUAACUGAUUCUUCUGGUUUAGAUCGUAUGGCUAAACACUUAAGUCAACGUAAAACUCAUACUUGCCAAGUUAUAAUAGAGAAUGUUCCUGAAAGUACCUCAACUUCUGAACCCCUUUCUGACCGCUUGUUGAAAUAGAUUCCCGCUCUAUGGAGCUCGUGCAACCUGGUGCAAGACAAGUUGGAAUUUCCUAAGUUCAAAGUUCUGAGGUGUUUUCUUACACAAAGGCAGUUUCCUAAGUUCAAAGUUCUGAAGUAUUUUCUCACAUGAAGGCGGUUAAACAGCCAAGUUCAGGACACUAGCUCUCAUUAUUCAGCUCUUUUCAGCUUCCAGACGGCACUAGACUCUUAUUCCACCUUAUCUUUGUGUCAGGUUAACAUAUCUUAACAUAUGCUUUCUUUCUCCAGUUGGCUCUCUCCAAAAAUAACUUUUGUUGCUAUGGUCUCUUCUUGCUUUGCUUAAAAUAAUUUGUGUUUUUCUCUGCUGUACUUGCCUUCAGAAUAAUGCAUUCCAAACAAUAUGGCUGUUCAUCUUUUUUGUCUGUUUUGUCUGGUUUCUUAGUUAAUUUCUUAUAAGUCUUACAUUUUUAGGUCAGAUAGCUGUCUUUCUCCUCAUUCCUUGUCUGUCAUUGUUCUAUUUUUCAUAUUUUUCAGAUGCAGAAUUUCAACACAGAAAUUUCAAAAAAUGUCCAGGGUACUCCUGGUCAGUGUCCCGCUUCGAUGGACACAACUGAUGCCUGUCCUCUCUUUCCAACGAAUGUGAAUUAUUUGACUGUGAGACCUCCUGUAGGUUGUGGCCUUAAGAAAUCAGAUCUUGGGGAGAGUCCCUUCCUUCAUGACUGGCCUCCCAUAAGGCUGAUGCUAAUUUGACCAGAGAUGACCUCAAGGCCCACCAAAUUGAGCACAACUUCCCACUGGGGGCUUUGGUUCUCGAUCUUUAGAUUAUGGGUCGAUUAUGACCAAGAAAAGCCCAUCGAAAUCAGUGCUUCAACAUUCAAGUUGAAGUUUAAGCAUUUUGGCUGCUGCCGUUUAACCUUCCUCUAACAUGCAUGCAGUCCAACAAAUAUAAAAGCUGGUUGUGUAGGGAACUAAGGUUACUUUCAUGUUCUUGGAAAACAAGUUCCUAAAAUUACAGUUCCAAAGUUAGAAUUAUUUGUACUGUCAUUUAAAGUUUUAUCCAGUAUUAACCCUAGGAGUUUUCAGCAAUACUAAUAUUCAAAUUUUUUUUAAUUUUUUAAAGUUUAAUUUAAUUUUGUUAUCUUUGUUUUCUGUUAUUCUUCACCAAAUUUAUUGAUGUCUGUUUUGUUAUGGCCACUUUUAUCUCUUCUCUUUAAAACUUUUGUUUUGUGUUGUUUUUUUUAAGACCUCCGAGAAAUUCCUUAGAAUUCUCUACAGAUUUCAUGUAGCUACCUAUUGGAAGCUUCUUAAUUUGGUAAUUGUUCAGACUAUUAGAUGUCAUUACAUCCUCUAUCUUGGGACUAUCGUUAUCUUAGUGAUUGUGAGUUCAAAGACAUAAAGAAUUGGCAAAAAACACUUCCUACAGACCUUAAAACAAGUUUUAAAGUUACAUUUCUGUAUAUCUAAUACAUAUCUUCUUAGCCAUUGAUGUAAUUCCUUUGGAUAAAGAUAAUAUAUUCAAAAAAUAUUGGGACCAAAAAAUGCACUUGUUUCUUGCCCAUAUAUAUAUAGAUGUAUAUUUUUUUUAAUUUGGUGUUUGUUUAUUUUGGUUACAUUGAAUAUAGAUUUGCUGAACAGUUUUGAUGUUAUUACUUAUUUUUUUAAUAAAAUUUGUAUUGUUAAAGUGC